AUGGCACCUCAUCCUGGCAAACACAAUUGGUCCCCUGCAGUAGUUGUGCAGCCCCACAGUGCUCCACGCUCCUAUGUGGUGGACAGCGGAGGUAAGCUGUAUCGCCGUACAAGCCAACAUCUUCGCAACAGCACUGAAACUGCCCACCAGCCACGUCACGUCACACCUGAUGAAGAGCCCUGGCGUGAACCACCAGUGACAUCAGCAGCUGAGGAGCAGUCUCCUACUGUCGCCCUGGAAAUCACCAGGUUCACCCUCUGUGGUCCCCCAAUGUCCACAAAUACAAGAGCGGUGAAACCACCUGAUAAGCUGAACUUGUAA